UCUUCCACCGCCUCUGGAUUCGCGGCAUGAGCCGCCGCGUCUGCACCUCCUGCGUCCUCCUCCUCCACCCCUCCUCCUUCUGCCCCUCUUGCUUCCAAUUCUUCGAUCACCCUCUCUCCAACACCUCCUCCCACCGUUUCCUGUCCUGCACCAAAUGCUCCUCUCUCACUCACCUCGACUGUCUCCCUCCCCCUCCUCAUCCCUCCCCUUCCUCUGUCCACCUUGCUCUCAACCAAACUUCUCUUUCUUCCCCGAUUCCACCUCCCCACUCGACAAACGCCGCGCCCUCAUUCUCCUCUGCGCCUGCAAGGUUGCCUCCGCCGCCGCAUCUAAGUCUCUCGCCCUCGCCCGGACUCGAGUUGAGCGAACCGUCCGCGAGGCUGCCCUUGCGAGAAAGAGGGCCCGGGACGCUCUCGACCAUUGCUCCAUUCUUGACAAGAUUAAGCGCCUUGGCCUCGAGGGCACCCUUGAGGUUUCUAACGCUCGGAAUUUGGGAACACAUCAUAAUAAUGUUGUGUGUAAAAAAGAGGAGUUGAAUAGUUUCACAGGACAGGGUAAGGUUAAUGUUAAGGUACCUUCUGAGGUGCCGCCCUUGCCCUUGCCUCGCCCUGUAGUUAAAAAUGGGAAUAACGAUGGCAGAUUAUUGAAUCGAUAGAGGAGUUGAUAGGCCAGGAUUGUUGAUGGUGCCUCUACUAAUAUUUUGUAGGUGGCACUGGAAAACCAUUCAGAUUUAUCCAAGGUAGAAGAAAUGAUGAAUGCGUUCUAGAUUUUCUGUUGCGGUGGAAUUCUGAGGUGUAUUUUUUCUUGAAGCAUGCAGCAGAUAAGAUAUGGUUCAUUUUCCAUUGCGAUGUAACCUUGUAAAGCCUCCUUAGUAAUGUGAUUAUGCAAUUUAAGUGCUAAGCUGUAAUUACUUGAAGCAUAUUUUUUUUCCUCUUAGUAUUAGAUGCUAGUCCAUUCUUCUAUGAUCUUUAUUCUUUUUCUUUUUUACUUUCUUUCUUUAGUGGCUGAUGGGUGACUGCUUCUAUCAAUUUUGGAAAUUUUUUAUUUGGGAAUAGUUUGUACUUUGGCCAUAGCAAAUUUCACUGUGUUGGUGAUUUGCUAGAGUUGAUGUCAGGUUUAUGUUUCUGAUGGGAGUAGGUCAUACUCCUAAUAAACUUUUGAAAACAACGGAGUUUUCAUAGUGCUCUUGAUGUUCCAGUUUAAUAUUCAGGGUAAAAGUUAUGGCUUUUUUGACU